AGAAGCUCUGCUGCAUCUGAUCGGCUCCAGCAGGACUUUGCGGGUUAACAGGAUAAUGGAAGUCUCUCUGAUAACAUGUGGAUAGUUAUCACUGCAUCAUUAUCUAAGCUGUGGCAGCGCUCGCUUUUAAUAUUGACUUACGGACUGUGUUGGGUAACACGGCUCCCUCCAAAUAAUAUUGCCUGUUAAUGUUUCUCUUUGAUUGAAUUUGUUUUGCUACAUAGCUAGGUGGCUGCUAGCUAACAGCGCUAAUUUACACAGUUUAAGAUAGAUUAACUAUCCGGGUUGAAUUAAGUCUGUAGUUUAAAUAGGAUAAUGGAAGCGCUAUGACCUCCUCUCCCUGUCAUCAUGUGUCUCUCCUGAAUAACGGAAUAACCAGUUUCGGAGUUAGCGACCUGAGCUAGCCUGCUAGCGUUGAGCUGCUCUGACAGUCUGAAGGUUCGGGCUGUGGCGACCAGCCGAUCCGCUCUCUCUAGACAUCUUCUCUCAGCAUCAAGUGUUUGGGACCAGCUACAAUGGCUAACGUUACAGACCUGCAGACUAAAUACAGCAAGCUAGCGCAGGAGUACUCAAAGCUCCGUGCCCAGAACCAAGUGCUGAAGAAAGCAGUUGUAGACGAACAGACUAGCACUGCCUCUUUAAAGGACCAGCUAAAGCAGAGGGAUCAGAGUCUGAGAAAACAGGAGCAGGAGAUGGACAGCCUCAGUUUCAGGAACCAGCAGCUCGCCAAAAGGGUGGAGCUCCUACAAGAGGAGUUAGCUGCUUGUGAAAUCAGGAACAAAAAGGGGAAGGGUAAAGGGGACUCUCCCUCACAGCAUGGCCUUCAGACUCAAAGUGUUUUCAAUGAAGAUCUACAAAAAAAGAUAGAAGAAAAUGAACGCCUUCAUAUACAAUUCUAUGAAGCAGAUGAGCAGCACAGGAAGAAGGAGGCCGAGCUGAAGACCCGGCUGGAGCAGCUGGAGAGAGACGCAGAGGAGCACCAAGCUGUUAUUGACGGACUUACAACAAAGUAUACAGAAACGAUUGAGCGCCUGCAGGGUGACAAAGCUCGUUUAGAGGUGAAGACACAAACUCUGGAGAGGGAGGCAAAAGAGUGUCGACUUCGAACGGAAGAGUGCCAGCAGCAGUUGAGACGGUGCCAGUCGGAGCUGAACAAGCAGGUGAAGCAAAGCAGCAGCGUCAUUCAGGAGAAAGUGCCCUUUAAUGACACCAAAUUUAGUGACUACAACAGCCUAAAUGUGCCGUCUCACAACCGUCGACACCAGCUUAAGGCUCGGGAUGUAACAAGUCAGGCCUUGAGCUUCAUCCAGGACCUGGUGGCUGCUCUGCUGAACUUCCACACCUACACGGAGCAGCGGGUCCACAUUUAUCCCCUGGAUUCCUCCAUUGAACCCAUUUCUCCUCUUAACCAGAAGUUUUCUCAGUAUCUUCAUGAGAACGCUGCCUAUGUGCGCCCCCUGGAGGACAGUUUCCUGCAGUUAUACCAAAGCAUCACAGAAGACACCGUCACAGUGCUAGAGACUGUGGUCACACUGAGGCAUUUCGCUGAGACCUUCUCCUCCUACACCCACUUUCUACAAAAGAUUCUUCCCUAUCAGCUGAAAAGCUUGGAAGAAGAGUGCGAGGCGCCGCUUUGCACGGAUGCCUUGACUGCUAAAAACCGGGACUUGCAAAGUGACAUGAAGAAAGUAACGACAGUGUUUGAGAAACUGCAGAACUACAUUAGCCUUUUGGCCUUACCAAGUGUCCGGCCGGAUGCCGUCCCACAGAGCAGCACCUCAGCUGUCUUCACCCAGCUGGCAGCGAGCCUGCACAGUCUUCAUGAUGCCGUUAAAGAGAUGUCCAAACAUUAUAACCAGAAGGCAAGCAUUGAGCAGGAGCUCCCUACUGUCACACAGAAGCUCUCUACCACCACAGAGUGUCUCCUCGGAUCUUUAGGCUCACUGACCAGCGUUACUGGCAAGAUCGCCACUUUCUUCAGCAACAAUUUGGACUUCUUCACGUCUCCAGGCUACAGUCCGAGAGGCUGCACAGUGAGCCUUAACCCUCUACAAGCAGAGAGCAUGCUGGCCAAUAAGAAGAAAGCAGCUGCAUAUAUCCAUGCCAUCAAAACGACCCGACCACAGUCGGUUCCAUACAGGGAAGCCCUGUCAAACCGUCGCAUUCUCACCAGCUCCACAGAGAGCAGAGAGGGUCUUACCCAGCAGGUGCAGCAGAGCCUGGAGAAAAUCACCCGUCUGGAGCAGGAGAAGGAGCACUGGCUCCUGGAGGCCCAGCUGGGGAAGGUGCGGUUAGAAAAAGAGAACCAGCGUAUAGCCGACCUGGAAGCACAGCUCGCAGCGGCCCUGGGAGGAAGUCCAAGCUCCCAGACAGCCGCAGACAGCCGACUCACACAGACUCACGAGGAAGCAGAGACGCCGCAGAAAGCUGCAGGGAAGGAGACGACUCUAUGCACCAGCCUGGUUGGCAUGUUGUGCACAACACCUACAAAUGAGCAUGUGGGAGACGAAGACACUCGUGAACAGCUGAUAAAGAGCCACUACAUGGCGAGAGUGGGAGAGCUCACCACACAGCUCCAGAUUUCGGACAGCAAAGCUGUGCACUUUCACUCAGAGUGUCGAGCUUUGGCAAAAAGAUUAACCAUAGCAGAGAAGGCACGGGAGACUCUGAGCGAGGAGGUCAAACUGGCUAAUGAGAACAUCACACGGCUGCAGGAUGAGCUGACUACGACUAAAAGGAGCUACGAGGACCAGCUCAGCAUGAUGAGCGACCAUUUAUGCAGUAUGAAUGAGACCUUGAGCAAGCAGAGAGAGGAAAUCGACACACUCAAACUGGGUAGCAAGGCCAAUGCGAAAAAGAACAAGAGUCGUUAGAGCUGCCCUUAAAUCUUCAACACGUUAGAAGGGCUUCUACGCUGCAGAGCCUCUUUGUACCAACAGCGUCUCCGACCUUCAGGAUCACAGCGUGAGCCUCAAAUCUCUGGCAGUUUCUAGGCUCGGAUCUGUUUAAUAAAAGCUCUGUUUUUAGGUUUUCCUGUCACAUUACCUUUUAAUGAUUAUGAUUAUCUAAAAAUGGGUUGUCUGACCUUUUUGGUCAAAGCACUGUUAAAGAGGGGGGAA